AUGCGGCCACCGAGGGCUGUUCCCCAAGAUGUGAAUGUGUCUUCUGAUGUGGUAGAGCCAAUUGCCGUGAUUGGUCUUGCUACUCGGUUCUCCCAAGAAGCUAUUACCACUGAAGGCCUGUGGGAAUUAUUGCUACAAGCUCGCUCGACCUGGUCCACGAUACCAAAAGAAAGAUUCAACGCCGAUGCGUUUUACCAUCCAGAUCCAGAGCAUGGAGGAACAUUUCACGUCCAAGGAGGCCACUUCCUUUCCGGCGAUCCUGCCUAUUUCGAUGGCUCCUUUUUCAACAUUACCAAAAACGAACUUAUGACACUUGACCCCCAGCAGCGGCUGGUCCUGGAAAACGUUUACCAUGCAUUGGAAAACUCCGGUAUUCCAAUGGCUACCGCUGCUGGCUCCAAUACAUCGGUGUUUGUCAGCGGAUUCAAUCAUGAUUACCUGGGAAUCCUGAAUUCCGAUCCAGAGACUGCACUCAAGUACAAGCCCACCGGUGUUGUAAAUGCGAUUUUGUCAAACAGAGUCAGCUGGUUCUUUGACUUCAAGGGUCCAAGUAUGACCAUUGACACGGCCUGUUCUAGUAGCUUGGUAGCACUGCAUCUGGCUGUACAGAGCCUCCGGUCUCGAGAGACAAAUAUGGCUCUGGUUAGUGGGGUGAGUAUCCUGGAGAAUCCUGUGGAGACGGUCGGCAUGAGCCACCAUGGUCUUCUCGGAACUCAAGGCCGGUGUUUUAGCUUUGACUCCCGUGCGGAGGGCUAUGCCCGUGGGGAAGGUGUGGGCACAGUGGUUUUAAAACCCUUGAGCAUCGCUAUUCGAGACGGUGAUACAAUCCGUGCCGUCAUCCGUGAAACUGGUGUCAACCAGGAUGGCCGUACUUCGGGACUUACUGUCCCCAGUGCGGAGGCCCAGGAAAGACUUAUCCGGCAGGUGUACUGGAGAGCCGGGUUGGAUAUGGAACAGACUAGAUUCGUCGAGGCCCAUGGGACUGGAACCAGCAUAGGCGAUCCGAUUGAGGCGGGGGCGUUGGCAAGGGCAUUCAAGUGUCGACGAGAGACGCCCCUGUACGUUGGAACCAUCAAGUCUACGAUUGGACAUCUGGAAGGAGGUUCCGGCGUGGCCAGUCUCAUUAAGUCUAUCCUUAUCCUCGAGUCGGGUAUCAUUCCACCCAAUUUCGAUAUCCAGGAGGUGAAUGCAAAAGUUCGGGCGGCGGAAUGGGGCAUUGCAUUUCCCAAGGAAAUUACUCCAUGGCCAUCAGAAGGACUCCGCAGAGUAUCUGUGAACUCUUUCGGAAUUGGAGGAGCCAAUGCCCAUUGUGUCCUGGACGACGCCUACCAUUAUCUUCACAGUCGCCGCCUUCAAGCUGCACACAGAACCAAUGCUACAGUACCAAAGACUUGUCAAGUCAAGGACCAAAUUCUAUUCAUUCCCAGAGCCACGAGUGCCGAUCUUGAUAGCAAUACCGAUUUGACAGAUGAGAAAGUUGGUGGCAAUGCUUCCACUGGCACACCCGAACCAUCAGAAACUGAAGAUUCUCGUGCCUCUCUGGAAAUUGGCUCAACGAUCCCAUGCCCUACUUACGAAAACGUACCCAAGAUAUACUUGCUGUCGGCCUUCGAUGAAGGCGGUGUUACGCGGACUGCGCGUGCAUAUUCCACCUACUUGCGCCAAAAGUAUGACCAGCCCAGCGACACUGAGCAUCUCCUAGAAGAUCUUUCUUUCACGCUCACAAAGCGACGCUCAGUAUUUCCAUGGAGGAGCUUUGUAUCAGGUUCCACGGUCAAGGAGCUUUCAUGGAAUCUCGCCGAGCACAAUUUCUCAAAGCCAGUUCGGUCACUCAAUGUACCUGAACUCCAUUUUGUUUUUACCGGGCAAGGUGCACAGUAUGCAAAUAUGGGGGAAGCGCUGCUGGUGUACCCUGUGUUCCGAAACUCCCUCGAAGAGGCACAAGAAUAUAUUCACCGACUAGGAAGUUCCUGGUCACUUAUCGAUGAGCUUCUAGUGGAAAAGAAAUCCUCCUCCGUGGGCCUUCCCGAAAUUGCGCAUCCACUGUGCAGUGCACUGCAGGUGGCUCUUGUGGAUCUUUUAGCAAGCUGGGAUAUAUUUCCAACUGGCGUGACAGGCCACUCAUCGGGCGAGAUAGCCGCUGCUUACUGCGCUGGAAAAUUGUCCAGGCAAGGGGCUUGGAAAGCCGCAUACUAUCGUGGCUAUGCCUCAUCAAAUCAAGUGGGACCCAAUGGUGCAAUGCUCGCCGUGGGCCUUGACGUCUCGAAACUUGAAUUCUAUAUGAAAAAGGUUCAUGAAGAUCAUCAUGGCGAGCUAGUCAUUGCCUGCUUUAACAGUCCGAAAAAUAACACCGUCUCUGGAGAUGAAAACUUGAUCGAUUCUCUCAAGGAGCGGCUGGACGCUGACGGUAUUUUUGCACGCAAGCUUAACGUGAAAAAUGCCUACCAUUCCGCCCACAUGCGGGCCAUUUCUGAAGAUUACUAUCAUUUGAUGGGCGACUUAUCUUCUGGAAAAAGAUUUGUUGCACCGCACCUUGUUCGCAUGUUCUCCACAGUAACUGGAGAGGAGGUUGUGUCAGAGAACCUCACUGCUCAGUAUUGGGUGGACAAUAUGAUCUCUCCAGUGCGCUUUACGAGCGGACUACAAGCAAUGCGCUCUCGAGCGGUGCAAAAAUCCUCCGAGUUGGAUAUUCCUGGGUGGCUUCCUGUCUUUGUGGAGAUUGGACCUCAUUCAACCUUGCAAAGUGCCAUAAAGGAGACACUGACCUCCCAUGCCGCCCAUACUAACCACAAAUAUUUCUCGGUUCUCAAACGAGAUGAUCCAACUAUGAACCCUGUGAUUAGCACAGUCGGGCUUUUGGCUGCGAGCGGCUACCAAUUGGACUUGCAUCAAGUCAAUCUUGCAGCUCGUAUCCAUGUAGACAGGCCCGCAAAGUUGCUCAUCAAUCUACCACCGUACAGCUUCAAACAUACGGAGAGGAAUUUGUAUGAGAGUCGACUUAGCAGAAAUCUCCGCAACAGAAAUUUCCCACGCCACAACCUUUUCGGCGCCCCUGUUUCCGAUUGGGACUCAAAUGCCCCUAGAUGGAGACAUUUUAUUCGUCUGAAUGAGAACCCUUGGCUGAGAGAUCAUGUGGUUGCUGGAAAUGUUAUUUACCCCGGAGUAGGUUUUCUCGUCAUGGCCAUUGAGGCUUCGCUGCAAUUGGCGGGAGAAAAGAAAACCGCUGGAUUUCAGCUUCGACGGGUGUCCAUCAACAGAGCCUUGGUAGUUCCAGACACCAAGGAAGGCAUCGAGAUUAGCCUAACAAUGACAACCGCUGAUGGACCGUCAAAUUCGAGGACUUGGCGUCGUUUCCAAAUCAGCUCAUUCAAUGAGUCAAGCGAUGAAUGGACAGAACAUUGCAAUGGUCAGGUUGCAGUUGAAUACAAAGCAUCCGUUGAUCCGGUGGACAAUGGAUAUGAAGAAAUCGCAGAAGCUCGAGCUUGGAAAGAGGAAAUGAAAAAAGUUCGAAAUCUGUGCACGAAAUCUAUCAACUUCGCGAAGACAUAUGACAAUCUUCAAGACAUUGGACUUGACUUCGGUCCUUUGUUCCGAAACCUCCAUGACGUGCAAGACAGUGGAUGUCGACUUGGGUUGAUGACUGGCGUGGUAACAGUUCCCGAAAUUGCUGAAUCCAUGCCCAAGCGGUACAUGCACUCACAUUUGAUCCACCCGGCCACCAUGGAUAGCAUGAUACACAUGAUGAUUGCUGCAGGUGUUGACUUAAGUGGCAAACCGGCUUUGGAUCAUAUCCUGCUUCCCACAUAUGUCCAUGACAUGUGGGUUUCAUCAGACUUGAAUUCUGUCCCAUUUUAUGAAUUUGUGGGACAUGCAUCACUUUGCAACGGUGUGAAUGAGAAGUUGCAAGGUCGAAUUCGAAUCAUGGGGGCUGAGGGUCAGCCUUGUAUUCGAAUGGAUGGUACCGAGCUUACGCCUCUCGAGUCUACAUUGGUUGAGGAUGCCGAGAGAAGGUUAUGCACCGCUAUCGAAUGGAAGCCAGACGUUCACUUUCUUGACUCUGAUACAGCCAAUGGGCUCAGCUCAAUUUCCGUGGUCGAUCAUGAAUCGGAUCGUUACUGGGUAAAGCAACUUCAAAUGGCGACUAUGCUCUAUGUUAACGAUGCAAUGGUCGAACUUCAAGGUCUUGAGGUUACGAAUCUUGAUCCUCACAUGAUAAGAUUCCACGAGUGGAUGAUUCACUGGCAAAAGAUGCUUUCGGAUGAUUCAAUCAUCCACCUUCCUUAUGCCGAGUUUCAAAAGAUUUCUCUGGAUUCUACUCUGAAGCAGUCUGUUUAUGAUGAGAUCGAAAGUCAUAGUGCCGAGGGCGCCAUCACUGCCCGCAUGGGCCGCAACAUUGCUGCUGUCGUUCGGAAAGAGGUUGACCCAUUGAAUUUGAUGUUUGGCCAAGACAACGUUAUGGAAGGUGUGUACAAAGAAGGGCUCCAUUUAUACGACCUCCCCCAACAUUUGAAGAGCCAUCUGUCUCUUCUUCGCCAUCAGCACUCGGGGCUGAAUAUUCUGGAGAUUGGCGGUGGCACUGGCAGCGUCACGGCGGAGGUGCUUAACGUGCUUGCACCAGAGAAUGAUGCCACGAGAGCAAACAUUUCAACUUACACCUUUACCGAUAUCUCACCUGGUUUCUUUGAGAAGGCAAAGCGCCGUUUCCAGUCCUGGAGCGACAUCAUGUCGUUCCAGCAAUUCAACAUCGAAAAGGGACCACUUGAGCAAGGCUUUGAAGAGGGCUCUUACGAUCUGAUUUUCGCUGGAAAUGUCAUCCAUGCAACAAAGAACCUGCAUACUGCACUGCGGAAUCUUAGAUCUUUGCUCCGACCUGGUGGUCAGCUUAUCAUGCAAGAGGGAAUUCGACAGGACUUCCUGUGGUAUCCUCUUGUAUUCGGUCAACUUCCCGGGUGGUGGCUUGGCGACGAGUCUAUUCGAAAGUGGUGUCCAUAUAUACCUGCAUCCUCGUGGAAUACCCUUCUCGCUGAAUCUGGUUUCUCCGGUAUUGAUAUCGAAUAUCCAAGUUCUACCGACAAGGACUUGACUUGGCAAAGCAGUAUGAUCUCUACAGCCCAGUUGAUUGAGAACCAUCCUGGACCAAAUGUUUUCAUUCUUACUUUGGAGGUCGCGGAAGCAAAUCCUGCUAUUUGUCGUCUACAGGAUAUGUUGAAAACCACCUUCCCCAAGGUGACUUUGGUACAGCCAUCACAACUGGAUUCCGUGCCUAGCUCGAACACUCUUUGCAUUUCUCUGGUUGACCUCCAAGCACCGUUCCUCUCGCAGGUUACUGAGAUUGAAUAUAUAGCUGUGAGGAGGUUGCUCACGGAAUGUGAGAAUAUCUUCUGGGUCACCCCUGACCCCCGUGAUAAGCCAUUAUCCAAUAUGAGCUUGGGCCUUCUCCGCACAGUGCGCUGGGAACGAAAUUCAGAUGGUUCCAAUAUUGUGACUCUAUCGGUCUCGGGUGACAAUUUGGAGAUUUUGGCAAAACGCAUUCAUCAGAUUGCUAGCCAUCAGUUUGUGGAAAGAAAUUCCCGUGAACGACAUGCGGAAUACUUCUUACAAAACGAAACUCUCCAUGUUGGUCGUCUUCGUGAGUGGAAUAGCGCGGAUCAAUUCCUCGCUCUCCCUUCUUGUGGUCCAAGUCCCGAGCUACUUCAGAUGGGUGACGUGAGUCGGCCGUUGGAACUGUCUUUCCCAGAGUCCAAGUCGCAAUCGCGCCAACUAUUCUGGGUUACGGACCAUCAGCAUGACCAAGAUCUCGGGCCAUCUGAAGUAGAAGUGGAAGUUUGUUCCAUUGGUCUGAAUUCUAACUCCAGCGCCGCCCUGGGAUCAAAUGAAGCUUCCGGACUCGUGAGGAACAUCGGUUCAGAAGUGAUUGACAUAAGCCUCGGCGAUCGUGUUGUUCUCACAACUUUCGGCGAGAAAUCACACUGUUUUCGAACUGUGGCACGCGUUGAUCAAUCGAGGGUGGUCAAGAUACCCGAUAAUGUUGCGCUUGAUGUUGCGGCAGGGCUGCCAACAAUCUAUGCAACUGCAAUGUACGGCUUCAUGGUAGCCUGCCUGCAUCAGAAUCAAACUAUCCUCAUUAACGACGGUGCCACGGCUCUUGGUCAAGCUGUUCUCCAGUAUGCACGUCUUAUCGGCGCCUCUGUUUACAUUACAGUGCCGACAAUCGAGGAUCGAAAACUUCUUGUAUCGGAGUAUGGCGUUCCAACAGAAAACAUAUUUUCCAACGCAGACCUUAGCUUCGUCAAAGCUGUACUGCGAUGUACCAAUCAAGUUGGUGUUGAUGUCGUUUUCAACACUUUGACAGGCGAUGCUUUGCAAGAAUCAAUCGCUUGCACUGCUCCCUUGGGCCAUUUCAUUCAUGUCCCGAGCAAAACCAGUCCGGUUGAUGUCACUCUUGACCGAGCCAUUAUUCAAAAAUGCGUGACGGUGACAAUGCUUGACAUUGAGCUAUUGAUGGAACAUCGUCCGGACCUUAUGAAUCAUUUCAUUCAUGAUACGUUGAAUCUCUUUGCAGAAUCCAAGAUCAGUCAGGUCCGACCUUUCGCCGUUGAAAGUCUCGCAAAGAUCACAGAUGGCGGACAAGCCCUCCAAGAACAUUCUAGGAAAGGAAAAACUGUGUUCGUUCCUGAAUCCUCGAACAAAAUCCCGGUAAUCCCCGAUAUCGUUCCACCGUAUAAGUUUGAUGGUCAGGCUUCUUAUCUUCUUGCGGGUGGACUUGGAGGUCUUGGAAGGAGCUUGGCUCUGUGGAUGGCUUCACGCGGUGCAAAGCAUCUUAUCUUUUUGUCGAGGUCGGGAACAAUUACAGAAUCAGUUAAAGAGAUGAUUGCUAAGCUCAAAGAUAUGGGAUGUGAGUCCCGCAUCUUUACCUGUGAUGUUGCCGAUGCCGAGCGCCUGAAGUGCGUCGUUGAGGAGUGCUCUUCAUCACUUCCACCAAUUAAGGGGUGUAUUCAGGGAUCUAUGGUUCUGCGAGAUGGCGCCUUCGCAGGCAUGUCGUUUAACGAUUGGCAGACAGCAAUUCGUCCGAAAGUUCAAGGCUCUUGGAACUUGCAUGAGAAUCUACCAGUGGACCUAGACUUUUUCGUCAUGCUUUCAUCCGUCGCAGGCAUCUUUGGUAACCGUGGCCAAUCAAAUUAUGCCGCUGGAAACACUUUCCAGGACGCAUUGGCUGCCUACCGUACCGAGCGCGGAAUGAAUGCAUCAAGCAUCAAUCUCGGCAGUGUAUCUAGCGUGGGUUGGGUAGCAGAAAAUCGAGGCUCAAUGCGAACCCACACAGACACACUGUUCGAGUUCUUACAAGAGGGUGAGGUGCACCGGGCAGUUGAAUUCCUCAUCGACCAUCGAUACAAAAAGGACAUGGGAUUCAACAGCUUCGCACCCUCUCAGUUGGUUCUUGGGCUUCCGACCGCAGAAAUGUGUGCCAAGAACAAUAUCCCGAUACCAUCGUAUCUAGAUUUUCCUCUGUUCACUCAUCUUCGCUCGGCCAAUGUGGCUAAGAGCGUAGAAGGAAAUGACCAGAAGACUGUCAGCAUUGCCACUUGUCUUUCUGCAGCAUCCGACGCAGGUGAAGCUGUGGCUGUCAUUUUAGAUGGUGUCGUUGAGAGGCUUUCCUCUCUACUUGCAAUCCCAGCAUCUGAAAUUGAUGUCCAGCGGUUCAGCUUCUCUGGUAUUGAUUCACUUGCUUCCAUGGAAUUUGUUUCUUGGAUCGUCAAGAAUCUAAAGGCAGAGGUGUCCUUGCUAGACAUUAUGGGGGCGCGAAACAUUCGCGCCUUGAGCGAGAAGAUUGAGCUGUCAUCCCGACUUACGAACUUUGCUCAGUGA